AUGGCAUCUUCCGCCAUCUUCACGCUCACUCGUCAUUGCUAUUCUCCCAGUUUCCGAACUGCAAAUUUUCACAGAUCAUUUAGUUUCCAUCAGCAACUUUUCCUCAACAGAAGAAGAAUCGCAGUUACAACAAUGGCUUCGUCUGUAGAAGCUGCAGGAACCGCACCGGAAGUAGGCACCAAGGUCACUGCUCCGUACGGUUCCUGGACGUCCCCCAUCACCGCAGAUAUAGUUUCCGGUUCCGAUAAGCGGCUUGGCGGCUUCGCGACUGAUUCUUUGGGUCGGCUCUACUGGAUAGAAUCUCGACCGAAUGAAUCUGGGAGAGCUGUCCUGGUAAGACAAGGUGAGAACAAAGAGGAUGAACCAACUGAUAUUACACCAAAAGAUUUUGCGGUGAGAACUGUAGCACAAGAAUAUGGUGGUGGGGCUUUUAGCAUUCUAGGAGAUUAUGUUGUCUUCUCCAAUUACAAGGAUCAAAUACUCUAUAAACAGUCGAUUUCAACUAAAGACUCGGUUCCUGUGCCCAUGACUCCCAAUUAUAGUGGGGCUCACGUGUGCUAUGCUGAUGGAGUAUUUGAUUCACGAUUUAAUCGCUACCUGACAGUAAGAGAAGAUCACCGUGAAAGCAGUACAAAUCCUACCACAACAAUUGUUUCAAUUGACCUUAGCGAUGACCAUGUAAAAGAACCAAAAAUAUUAGUUGGAGGAAAUGACUUCUAUGCUUUUCCUCGGAUUGACUGCAAAGGAGAACGAGUGGCAUGGAUUGAAUGGGGUCAUCCCAACAUGCCAUGGGACAGAUCUCAACUAUGGGUUGGAUACUUAUCCCAUAAUGGCGACAUAAUAGACAGGAUUUGUGUAGCUGGAGGUAAUCCAUCAGUCGUGGAAUCACCAACUGAACCUAAGUGGUCACCCGAAGGGGAACUUUUCUUCGUCACUGACAGAAACAGUGGGUUUUGGAAUAUCUACAGAUGGGUGGAGUCCAAGAAUGAAAUACUACCUGUUUACACUCUGAAUGCUGAGUUCACGAAACCGUUAUGGGUUUUUGGCUUAAACUCAUAUGACUUUGUUUAUAGUCCUGGCCAGAGGAACUUAAUUGCUUGUGGCUACAGGAUGAAAGGAAGGUCAUAUCUUUGUAUUGUGGAUGUUAAGCAGAGCAAGAUUAUGCCGCUUGAUAUUCCUCUCACAGAUAUAAACAAUAUUAUAUCUGGCGCAGGCUGCCUGUAUGUUGAAGGAGCAUCUGCUGUUCGUCCCUUGUCAAUAGCUAAGGUAAUUUUAGAUGAUCAAAAUUCUAAAGUAGUUGAUUUUAGAAUCAUGUGGUCGUCAUCUUGUAUAAGUGAAUCAUACGGACCAUACAUAAGCCAACCCGAAUUGAUUGAGUUCCCUACAGAGGUCCCUGGAGAAAAUGCGUAUGCUUAUUUUUAUCCCCCAACUAAUCCUCUGUUUCAAUCAAGUCACGAGGAGAAACCUCCACUGCUGUUAAAGAGUCACGGAGGGCCUACUGCUGAGACUCGGGGCAUUUUGAACCUGAGCAUCCAAUAUUGGACCAGUCGUGGAUGGGCUGUGGUGGAUGUUAAUUAUGGUGGAAGUACUGGUUAUGGUCGAGAAUACCGAGAUAGACUGCUCGGGCGCUGGGGUAUUGUUGAUGUCAAUGACUGCUGCAGCUGUGCCAAGUUCUUGGUUGAUAGUGGAAAAGUUGAUGGUCAAAGAUUAUGCAUCACUGGGGGUUCUGCGGGUGGAUACACAACCCUUGCUGCUCUUGCUUUCAGGAACAUAUUCAAAGCUGGUGCAUCCUUGUAUGGGGUGGCCGACUUAAAAUCAUUGGUAUCCGAUACUCACAAGUUUGAAUCUCACUACAUUGGUAAUCUUGUAGGAGAUGAGAAUGCUUUCUUUGAGAGAUCACCUAUCAACUUUGUGGACAAGUUUUCCUGCCCCAUAAUACUAUUUCAAGGAUUAGAGGACAAGGUUGUUCCACCGAGUCAAUCCCGUAAAAUCUAUCACGCUUUGAAAGAAAAAGGUUUGCCUGUUGCCCUUGUGGAGUAUGAAGGGGAACAACAUGGUUUCCGCAAGGCUGAGAAUAUCAAGUUCACUCUUGAACAGCAGAUGGUGUUCUUUGCUCGUCUGGUCGGGCACUUCCAAGUUGCGGAUGACAUCACUUCCAUUAAGGUGGAUAACCUCGACUGA